GAGUCUGCACCAUUACUCUGGGUCUGGAGGAGCUAAGUGAGAAAUCAAGUAUGAAGCCCCUUUUUGUCGCUGCCUUUGCACUCUUUGUGCUCUCUACAUUUGACCAGGCUGAGUCCUCAGCUUAUGACAAAAUCGUCGCCCACAGUCGCAUUAGAGCAAGAAAAGAGGGACCCAAUGUCUGUGCACUCCAGCAGGUCAUGGGGACCAAGAAGAAGUACUUCAGCACUUGUCGUAAUUGGUACCAAGGGGCCAUCUGUGGAAAGAAAGCGACUGUGCUGUAUGAGUGCUGCCCCGGGUACAUGAUGCUGGACGGCAUGCGCGGUUGCCCUGCAGUGGCUCCAAUUGACCAUGUGUACAGCACCUUGGGCCUGGUAAAAGCCACAUCUACUCAGAAAUACGCUGAUGUUUCAAAGCUGAGGCCUGAGGUUGAGGGAUCUGGAUCUUUCACCUUCUUUGCUCCAAGUAAUGAGGCCUGGGACAAUUUGGAUGAGUCAAUAAAGAGUGCACUGGUCAGCAAUGUCAACAUUGAGCUGUACAACGCUCUGCAUUAUCACAUGGUCAACAAACGCCUCUUAACCAAAGAUUUAAAGAACGGAUUGAAAGUCACCUCCAUGUACAAUGACCUUAAUCUCCUUAUUAACCAUUAUUCCAAUGGGGUGGUGACUGUAAACUGCGCCAGGAUUAUCCACGGCAACCAGGUCGCCACCAACGGAGUCGUGCACGUCAUCGACCGCGUGAUCAGUGCCGUCGGAAACACCAUCCAGAAUGUUAUCGAGGUUGAUGAUGACCUGUCAAUUCUGGGUGAUGUGGCUAUGGCUGCUGGGAUGCUGGACAAGCUGGGCGAGCCAGGACAUUACACUCUCUUUGCCCCGACCAACAGUGCCUUUGAGAAGCUUGGCAUCGACGUGCUGGAGAGACUUCAGAGCAACGAGGUGGCGGUCAAAGCUCUUCUGAAUUUCCAUCUCCUGGACUCAGUCCAGUGCUCUGAGGCUAUAAUCGCUGGCAGCACUUACGAGACGCUGGAGGGCAGCAACAUUGUGAUUGGCUGUGACGGCGAAAGUUUAACUGUCGACGGCGUCAAGAUGGUGCUCAAGAAGGACAUUGUCACCAGCAACGGUGUCAUCCACCUUAUCGACCAAGUGCUCAUGCCAGACUCAGCUAAACAGGUGAUGGAGCUGGUGGGAAGCUCCCAGUCGACUUUUGGCGACAUGGUGUCCGAGCUGGGUCUUUCUGCUGCCAUGAGACCGGAGGCCGAGUACACUCUGCUGGCUCCCCUCAACGCUGCCUUCACUACUGAGAUGAUGUCCAUGGAUCAGAGGAUGUUCAAGCUCAUCCUGGAGAAUCACAUCUUGAAGAACAAGAUUGUCCUGGGACAGCUGUACAACGGCCAGAUGCUCGAGACCAUUGGAGGAAAAAUGCUGAGGGUAUUCAUCUAUCGCACAGCCGUGUGCAUUGAGAACUCCUGUAUGAUCAGGGGCAGUAAGGAAGGAAGCAAUGGAGCGCUUCACCUCAUGAGGACGUUUUUGAAACCAUCUGAAAAUAACAUCUUUGAGAUUCUGACAUCUAACGGAGGCUUCAAGAUCUUUUUGUCGCUGAUGGAAGCUGCAGGCUUGACCGAUCUGCUGAAACAGGAGGGAGACUUCACUAUGUUUGCCCCAAGUGAUAAGGCUUUCGCUUCUCUGAGCAGCAGCGAUUUGGAAUUGUUGAAGGGUGACAUAAAUGCACUCAGAACCAUCCUUCUGUAUCAUAUCAGCAACGGCGUCUACAUUGGUGGUGGUUUGGAGACUGGAGUGACAAACCUGCUCAAGUCUUUGCAGGGCAGCAAUCUCAGAUUGAUUUUUGCAAACAACACUGUACAAGUGAAUUCUGUCCAAGUCCCCGACUCUGAUAUCAUGGCCACAAACGGAGUGGUUCAUUUUGUCAACCAAGUCUUGUAUCCCGGAGAUAUCCCAGUUGGAAGCCAGGAUUUUAUGAUGCUACUGAAGAGGCUCAUUAGCUACAUGCAAAUCAAGUACAUUUCUGGAUUCAAAUACCAGGAAAUUCCCCUCACAUUCAUGAAAAGGAUCGUUACUCGUGUCGUCGAGGCAGCUCCUGAAGUUACCAAAGUGACCAGAGUUAUUGAGAGCAAACCAAGUGUCACCAAGGUUACUAGGGUUAUUGAAGCAAAGCCCUCCGUGACCAAGGUCACAAGAGUAAUCGAGAAUAACCCAACCCUCACCAAAGUCACCAGGAUUGUCUCAGGCGGCCCUCAGUACUCAGUCAGCAGUGGCAGCACCAACAUCGCAAUGGAAGAAUUCACUGGCAUUGAAGGCAACGCCGGUCUGGACAGUGAGAGACUUACCAAAAUCAUGGAAGAGAGUUCUACAAGAAGAACUGGCUCCCGCAGAGUUAUAGCUGGCAACAGGAGGAGAGUUAGUCAAUGAGCGUGGACGGAUGAGAAUAUCGACCUUGUGAAGGCAGAGAGAGACUCCAGACCCAGAGGUUGAGACUUGUGUGUCAGUACAGCGGAUACACGGAAAAUGUCAGUGAUUUCAAAACAUACUGUAAAAAAGUAUGAGCCGAACUGACGAAAAAAUAAAACUAUUCUCAUAAACAA